GUUACUUACCUUAAAUUAAGUCUGGUUCGGUGGAGACUCGAUCGCACCGGGGAACAUCACUGCUGUAAAUACAGGUUUAACAAAUCCAGGUUAAGUUUGACCUGGUUCAAAUGGAGGUCAGUCAGGUCUUCAACCUGGAUGAUGACAUGGUGGAUGGAGACCUGGGUGAUGGAUUGGGUGUCAGAGCAUCAUCAGGCUCCACAAGUAAGAAGAGCCAAAGUUCCGCUGCUCUCUCAGAGAUCCUGCUGCCCCAAGCAGAGCUUCUCCGGUGCAGCAGUCAGGCAGGAGUGACAGCUUGGAUUGCUGGAAAGAGAUAUCAGGGAUCAUACUGGAGGGUGCCACUCAGUGGCUCCCUUGAUGACCUGUCCAAAGCUGAGCUGACAGACAGAAUACUGGAAGCAAGUGAGGUGAUAGAUGUCUUGUGCUGUGAGCUGGAGGUGGCACAUCGUUACCUGGAAGGCAAAUAUCAAGCUCUCAAGAUAUUACAAGGAAAGGAGGUCAACAGUCUGCAGUGGGAGCUCAGCUUCAGCCAGGUCCAAAUGAAGAAGUCUGAACAAUCCUGGGAGCAGAAAUACAAUGGAAUUUUGAGUGAGAACAAGGCUCUGACCGACAACCUGCAGGAAAGAGAGAAUGAGAUCCAGGAGCUCAGAGCAGAAAAUUCUGAUCUAAGUCGGCAGUGCUUGGAGCUUCUGUCGAUGUUGAAUGUGAGGGAGCAGAGAGCUUAUCAAGAAACUAAACCUCAAUACAGCGUAGAGAGAGACACAAGUGUUCUGGAGCUGGCAGUCAUGGGGGCCUGCCGGUGUCUUGGAGUUGUGGAAGCCUGUCCAUGCAGUCGCACUGCUGCUAUCAGCAGAAAGCAACUAAUUCAGCUGCAACAGGAGCUUGAUAUUCAAUGUUCAAGGAGAGAGGAGGCAUUGAUGGUUGCAGAUGCUUUUCGCAUCGCCUUUGAACAGCAGCUGAGGAAACGGAGUGACUGUUUCCUGCUUAUGGCUGAGACAAACAUCCUGACAUCCCAACACUUAAAAGCUGAAGGUGUUAACAGGAGUCCUUUAAUCAGUGUAAGCCAGAGGUUGAGAGAACUGCUACCUUCCAGUUUGGAGUUGAAGACACCCAAUGGUCUUUUAGAGACUCUCUACAGACUGCUGGACUUGCUGAAUGACAAGGAUGAGGCCUUGGCUCACCAGAGGAAGGUGAGCAUCAUGUUAGCCCACAGUGCUGAGGAACUGCAGAGACAGUUGCAACUAGAUUCACAUUGUCUACCAUCAGAUCCCUCAGAGUCCUGCAUCCUGUCAAAGCAACCACAAGAUACAUCAGGGAAUCAUAACCGGUCUCAACAAACAGCUGAUUCAUCAGAGUCAAACGUCCAAGAAAAGCAAGAACCAGAGCUGCCAGUUUUCCAACUUCAGCCAGGAAAACCUCAAGGUCUGUCCAAGUCUGUGACUGAUCCACAGCAGCUGUCAGCCCCAAUACAGACCAACAUCCAGCCCCUGUCUCACCACAAGAGCGAUGAGUCUGAAAUCAAACAUUCAGACGAACCAGAGUCCUGAUCCAUUCACAGGAUCCACCAGAUGUCUUGGCUCAGCCACAGACAGCAGUUAUGUCUGAAAAAUGACCAAAGUAGAUGUGGAUGUAGCAUGUAGGGCUGCAUCUGAAGGAAUGGGAUGGAAGCCUAUGAUUUUGCCUGAUUGCUAACUGCUGUCCUGGAUAAUGCUCAAAUGUGGUUAUAGAGUCGAGAUGGGACAACAAAAGUGUCAAACACUGACAGUAAAAUUUGGAAAAGUAUAUAAAGCACCCAGACUUGAAGAUCUACUGCAAAUGUCAACUAUCAGUGUAAGAAAACUAGCUGUUACUAAUGUAAAACGAAGCACUGCUGAAGCAGUCUGAAAAUCAGAGGUGUCUGGUCCUGAGUGACUAAUGUAGGAGUAUGAAAGGUUCCUCCUGCUCAUGACUGUGUGAAGGAGAGAAACAUCUACAUGAGCGAUGCAACUGCUGGUAAUGCCUUACUGGACGAUGUGAGGGAAAUGAACAUUUCUGUUUGUUAUUUGAGUUUGAAAUAACAUGAUGUGCAUGUUUAUAAGGAAAGAGCGAAUUAGUGUGAUUAUGUUCAAAGGGGAAUUAGUAAAUGGGUUUGGGUUUAUAACAUUUUUCACUUGAUGGACUUUUAUCCUAACCCUAAGAACCACCAACCUUUUCAGCCUUGUAAUUUACACAUUAAAUGUGGUUUCAAUAUCAAUAAAUCAAUAACUUAGUCCUUUAGUCUGACAUUUCCUGUUCUCUACACUUCAGAAGAAUAGGAGUUUAAAUUAAACAAUCUGCAUGCCCUCUGUGAUUAUUAAUGAAUACUUUUUUGACAAGAGUAGGUCCAUGUCAUAUAUUUUGAAAUGUAGAUAGAUAGAUAGAUACUUUUUUGAUCCCGAAGGAAAUUCAAGUGAUCUUAGCCAAAAGGCAGAGAAGCGAUAACAAUAACUUUGCUUUUGUAAUCGAAAAGUAAUUGUACAAUGGUUAGCAAGAUGUGAAUACUUCAUUUAAAAUUUGGACUGCAGAUAAAUUUUCCCCAUAAUGUCACCAUGAAAUUUGUUCAAUUUUUAUAAUUUCAUUAAAUUUGUGAAUAUCAACCUUGUCCAUGAAUGCCUUUAUAC